AUGCAUUCAAGACAGCUUAAUCUUUUGGCAGCUGAUCGUAGAAUCACAAGAGCAAAGUUCUGGUGGGAUGACUUUUUUGCCAUCCUCUGCUAUGUUACUGCUGUAGGUUGGGCCGUUGUACUACCCAUAUGGAUUCAGCACGGUUUCGGCUUGCAUUCAGACGAUGUCAAAGGUAUGAGCGUCAUAGAGGCAAACUACCUUACCAAAAAGUAUCUAUUCGUCAUAGAGCACUUAUACGCCUUUACUCUUUUCUUUGCAAAGCUCUCCAUGUUAUCCUUUUACUGGCGUAUGUUCCGUGUUGCAAACAUUCAAAUCAUCAUUUCAAUCUGGCUAGUCUGCUCCAUCAUCUGGAUUAUCGCUCGUACCCUUCUUACUACCUUCCACUGUUAUCCUGUGCAUGCGUUUUGGGAUCCGAAUGUUGAGAAAUAUACGUGUCCUAUCAAGAGCAGCGACUUCUUCAUUGGGACUGUCCUUGCGCAUGUUAUAAUAGACAUUGGCAUCUUGAUCCUGCCCGUUAUGCAAAUUCAGAAGCUCCAGCUUCCAAGGUUGCAGAAAGUGGCGAUUAUGCUCAUGUUUACAUUUGGCACUCUAGUGUGCGUGGCUGGUCUAGUCAUCGUUAAUAUUUCUACAAAGCUUGACAACAACUCACUCGAUAUGACAUGGCAACUAGCACCAGUUAUAAUUUGGGCCUCUGUGGAGGUCAAUCUCGUGACAAUUUCAGCCUGUCUUCCAAUUAUACGACCCGCCUGCCUAUAUCUCUUCUCCUGUCAGAACCCGAUGCCGUCGUCGAUCAACUCCAUAUCCAACAACUACGGCCGUGGCUGCGCCCGAAGUCAAAUAAAACAGUCAAUUCGUCUCGGGACGAUGCCCAAGGAGGAGUCUAGCUCCACACACGAGCUCGCCAGACCCGAACAGAGAGGAAGAGACUCUUUUUCUUCAGAUCUCGAGACCGAUACCGACAGACGUCACGGUGGUAUCACUACUGCAAUUGGUCCAGGCAACCCGAUCGAGUCGCAGAAGGUUCCACGCCUUGGUAGUAUUAUUGUAACAAGCGAAACAGUGGUGCAGGUAUCGAAGAGGGAGUAUCGUCGUUAA